AUGGAGUAAUAAUUGAUUGAAAAUAGAAGAAUUACUUAAUUGUUUUGCUAAAGUGUAAAAUCUUGUAAAAACAUUGCUUUUGGACAUUUUGUUUAUUGUGCAUGUAAAAUAAUUACUGCUGUUAUUUUAUUGACUAUUAAUGCAACAAAUUCUUGUGGUUGGGAAGAUGCAAAUACUUGGAUGACAAUAGUGAUAGGAGAGUCUCUAUUAGAAUUAGUUGUAUUUGCAAUUAUAAUGAAAUUGAUUAAAAAAACAGUAUUUAGCAUAUCAAAAUUAGCCUGUACUCUUGAAUGUUGGUGAAGAAUUACAUUAGGUUAUAUAUGCUGAAAAUUCUUAAAUUAAUAGUUAUGGAGACAUAUCUGAAUUCUUAGCCAAUUAAAAUGAUGAUUAAACUAUAUAGUUUCCUGAAAGAGAAUUCGAUAAAAAAAAGUUGAUGUUGGCAUAAUAAAUUUUAUAAGAAAUAAUCAAAAUAUACUCUCCUCUUAAAUAUUCUAAACAUCUUGUAUUUUUAAUAAAUUAAGGACUAUUAAUAUGGGGAUUCAUAAUAGGAUUUGAAAUCCCAUGGGAUGUGAAUGAUGAAUGUAGAAACAGACUUUUAAUUACAAUAUACGUAUUCUUGUUUUAUACAAUAUGCUAAUAUCUGGAUGUUUAUCUUUUAAUAAUUAUAAUUUUACUUUGCUUACCUUUUGUUUUAAUUUUUUUGAUUUACUAAAAAAUAUAAUAACCUAAAGGAAAAAAAGAUACAGAUUAAAUAUUAGAAGAUCUUAAGAAAAAAUAUUUUGUGAAAUAUUCUCCAAAUCUAAUUGAAGGGACACCAGAAUGUAAAAUUUGCAUGUAAACAUAUUAAUUGGAAGAAGAAGUCUUAAAAUUGCCAUGUCAUGAAUCUCAUAAUUAUCAUUUUAUUUGUAUAUCGGCAUGGUUUAAGGUUAACUUGAGUUGUCCUGUUUGUAGAAAAAGUUAUGCUGAAGAUGAGGGUAAUGAAUAAAACCUAGAGGAUAUAAAUUAAGCUCCAUAAUGA